AUGGUUUCUUCAUUCGAAUUUUCGCCUAGCAGAAUAGAUUGCCAUAAGGUCCUGUGCCGGAGAGGGCAUUCAGAUAUAAUCAGUAACUUGCCAGACAAUGUAAUUGAAAGCAUCCUUGGUAGAUUGCCGAUUCGAGAUGCAGUGAGAACAAGUAUCCUAUCAAGAAGUUGGAGGUACAAGUGGACUGCGCUUCCUAAUCUUGUAUUCGAUGUUAUAGAUGCUGACCGUUCUAUUUUUCGCUUGAACAACAAUGCCUCUCAGUUCGAGGAUGACGAUGAACUUGUUAAGGUUAUUUACAGGAUUCUUUGUCAGCACAAAAGCCCCAUACUCAAGUUUCGCCUCCUAAUCCAAAGCAUGAGAAGCUAUCCCGAUGUUGAUCAAUGGAUUAAUUUCUUAUCGAGGAACGGUAUUAGGGAAAUCAACCUCGAGUGUCUCAAGGAAGACCGGUAUAAAAUCCAUUCUAGCUUGUUUUCGUGUGCAAACCUGAGGCAGCUGAGGCUUCAGCAUUGCGUAAUCCCAUCACCUCCUCCGACGUUCAAUGGAUUCAACUGCCUUACUCGCCUUAUAGUUUACAGUGUUACAGUCAACAAUGAAGGGUUUGAGAAUCUCGUUGCUAGAUGCCCCCAACUUAACCAGUUGUACCUGAUUUGUGUGGAUGGUCUUGAUAGACUGAACAUUGAUCAUGCUCCCAAGCUGCAAUCUUUGUUAUUUGUUGGCAGUCUCAAAUAUAUCUGCUUGAAGAAUACCCCAAGUUUAUCGCAUGUGACAAUUUCUUUGUCUCAACUGCCUGAUAUGAAUGAGAAUCUUUGGAAUAAUGGGGGAUCAAUCUCUUUGAUCAACAACCUAGAUUGCUUAUCCAAUCUUAAGAGUAUUGUAGCAGGAUUCUAUUCUUUGAAGUUCCUUGCUGAAUGCAGGGCUAGAAAGAGGCUUCCAUCAACAUUUAUCCAUUUACGGUCCAUUUACAUCUCUAUGCUAAUGUUUGAAGACGUUGAUUCACUGUCUUGCGUUGUUGGCUUGAUUACAAGUUCACCAAAUCUACAUAAACUUGUUGUCACGACAUGUACUAAUUCAGCAGCAGAGAUGGAAACAGCGACAGAGUAUUUGGAAGGAGAAAGCCGCUCCAUUGGUGGUUUGAUGAAAUUGAGAUAUGUUGUAAUGAAGCAGAUAUCAGGUUUGGGGCCUGAGAUGGAGUUGAUGAAGUUGAUACUUGCCAAGUCACCAUCGCUUAAGCAAAUGAAAAUUGAACCCGACAAAACAGUUGAUAUCUCCAGUGAAUCAAGGAUAUUGAAGGACUUGGUACGAUUUCCUAGAGCUUCAAGAAUUGCAGAAAUCAUAUAUCAGAACCAAGAUCACAGCCCGGCUGACUGA